UUGGGUCCAAAAGUUAGAUUUAUACUCGGAUAUGUUCGGUUCCGAGUCUAUCUUAUCAGGUCCCAUGUUAGGUCAGGUCCAUUAUUGACUACGAGUUUUCUUUUUUUUGUUUUAUGUACAAUUUGCUCCUGCGAAGCAUACCAAUUUGCAAACAAAUUGACCCUACUUUAUGUUGAUGGAUUUUUUUUUAAUUUCUUUUAUUUAUUUUUGCUUGGAUAGUCUUAAGUGUACCAGCAGGAAGCAGCCAUUAGAGCUCUCAAUCUGCUUUCUGGUUGCCAUUUCAGCCACGUCUCUGCUGUCAUAAAACCAUACACAACCCUAUAUUUUUACAGUCAUUUUAUAUCCAUACCCUGCUUUUGAAGUCGAGAUUUUCCAUUUCCCUGCUCCUUUUGUCAUCGUCGCCCAUACUCAAGCGUCCUAUGCAUUUGUGUGCGCUCUGCAAGGAAAGGGUUCUCCUCUAUUCAACGCAUUAUCUCCACUGAAAUACGAUUAUACACUCUUUUUAGCAGGUUGAUACUAUCUUAAAAGACAUGCCAUGUAUUGACACUUUCUUAAAAGAUGGGUCAAAGGGUGAGGUUUGCAUAACGUUGCAACCUUAAACCAUCAUAUUAAGAGUCAGGUUCAACAAUGGCUGAAAAUGAAGAAGCUCUGUUGAAGACUAAGGACUAUUAUGAGAACUGUCCAGGAUGUAAGGUGGACCAGAUGAAGGAAAUCAAUCGGGGUUUUCCCUUAAAAGAAUGCUUUUUCAUUGCAAUUGUUGUCCUCUGUAAUGCUCUUCCAAUAUCAUCAUUAUUUCCAUACUUAUACUUCAUGAUAGAAUACUUCGAUGUUGCAAAAACUGAGGAAGAUAUUGGAUUCUAUGCUGGCUUUGUGGGUGCAUCAUUUAUGUUUGGAAGAUUUUUGACUUCAUUCAUUUGGGGAAUGGUGUCCGAUCGAUAUGGACGAAAACGUGUAAUCCUAUUGGGGUCCUUUUCAAUAAUCAUAUUCAACACUCUCUUUGGGCUUAGUGUGAACUAUUGGAUGGCUCUUGGAGCGAGGUUUCUUCUUGGUUGUUUCAAUGGUUUGCUUGGCCCAGUAAAGGCCUAUGCUAUCGAAAUUCUUCGCAAAGAAUAUCAAGCUCUGGGAUUAUCCAUUGUGGGCACAUUUUGGGGAGUAGGUCUAAUUAUUGGUCCAGCAAUAGGAGGAUACUUGGCACUGCCUGCAGAAAAAUAUCCAACUCUAUUUUCUGAAAGCUCAUUAUUCGGGAGGUUCCCAUUCUUCUUGCCAUGUCUUGUUAUAUCGAUCUUUACAGUUGUGGUCUUUAUUUCUUCAUUUUGGAUUCAAGAAACACUACAUAUGCAUCCCUCAGAGAAAGGGGAAGGGUUAGAGAAGUUGGAAGAAAAUAAAAGCACUGCCUCACCUGCUAAGAAAUCCCUUUGGAGAAACUGGCCCUUGAUGUCUAAUAUAAUUGUAUAUUGUAUUGAUGCCCUUCAUGACAUGGCAUACACAGAGAUAUUUUCUCUUUGGGCUGUCAGCCCAAGAAGGCUUGGUGGGAUGGGAUUUUCAUCUGCGGAUGUGGGUGAGGUUCUUGCAAUCUCAGGUUUUGGUCUGCUAUUCACACAACUUUAUAUAUUUCCAAAGGUUGAGAAGAUUACUGGGCCAUUGCCACUGGUCCGCUAUGGAUCGUUUAUAAGUAUACCACUGCUCGCAAGCUACCCAGCGAUAGCCAAGCUUACCGGUUUAUCUCUGAAGGUCACAAUUAAUUGUGCAUCCUUGUUGAAAAAUUGUUUUUCUGCGACGAUUGUCACCGCAAUAUUAAUUAUGCAGAACAACUCUGUGCCUCAAGACCAAAGAGGUGCUGCAAAUGGGCUUGCAAUGACUGCAAUGUCCCUAUUCAAAGCAAUUGGUCCAGCAGGAGCUGGUGUUUUGUUUUCAUGGGCUGAAACCCGUCAAGAUGCUUUCUUCUUCACAGGCGAUUCAAUGGUUUUCUUCAUAUUUAAUAUACUCCUGCUUAUGAUGGGGAUCAUGACAUUCGAACCGUUUAUGCCCAAAAACGCUUCUAAACCAUAUAAAGAAGUAAUCACAGAGAGGGUGGAACCUGAGGAGUGAGUGAAUCACCCCUUUGUCUGCAUGGGAAUCACGUGUCGACACUUGUUACACUUUAACCCAUGUCAACACUAGAGGACAGGGUGGAUUCCCUCUUAGACUAAGAGAGAGGGUAAAUUCUCUCACGGUGUUUAGGGGAGGGAGUUAGAUUGUUAUGUUAUCAGAGAACUUUUGGUGAAUAAACUUUGGGAAGUGGAUUUCUCAUGGUUUUGUGA